AUGGAAGGCGAACACCUCGCCAACAUCCCGAACGGGUUUGCUAACGGAGUCACCAACUGCGGCGCCAUUUUCACAGACGAGACAAAAACUAAGUUUGCCGGCUCGUCCUAUAACAUCGUGGCCAACUCCAGAGACGAGGUGAUCGAGUUCCUCAAGUCCGACCCUUACUACAAGGCCGGCAUCUGGUCGUUGGACGACGUUCUGAUCUACCCGUACGGUUGUGCAGGCAGAACCGCCAAGGACAUCAUCAAGCCUUAG